AGAAAAGAUGUGGCUCAAAACAUCAGACAGCAGCUGGUCGUAAACCACUGUUUGUCCACGUAGACACUCUCUCUCUCUCUCUCUCUCUCUCUCUGUCUGAAGUGAGAGAGAAGGAAAGUCAAUCCUUGGUAUUGUUUGUUCAUUUGGCAGAUGCGGACACUGCUUUUGCUGGUGCUUCGAUGGAAGUAGCAGUAUCCUGGAGAAACUCGAGAGAGGGUUGAGGAAUGUUGAGUGAUUAGAAAUGGUUCGCUCGGCUGAAGAUUUUUUGGCCUGGAAGGAUUUUCCCAAGGGACUUAAGGUUAUGCUCUUGGAGAAAGAUGAAUCCUCUGCUUUAGAAACCAAAUCCAAGCUCGAGGCGAUGGAUUACGAAGUUUCGCUGUUUCAUAACGAGGAGGAUGCGACGGAAGCAGCUUCAAAGCGAGUCGAGAGUUUCCACGUUGCCAUUGUGGAAGUGACAGAUGGUGAUCAUUGUAGGAAUUUUAAGUUCCUUGAGAUGGUUAAAGACCUUCCCAUCAUUGUUAUUUCUAAUGUUCACUGCCUCAGCACCAUGAUGAAAUGCAUAGCGCUUGGUGCGACAGAGUUUCUUCAGAAACCAAUCUCUGAAGAGAAGCUCAGGAACAUAUGGCAACACGUAGUACACAAGGCCUUCAAUGCAGGGAGCAGCAUGCUUUCCAAAUCCUUGAAGCCCAUCAAAGAUACCGUGGCUUUGAUGCUUCAAACCGAGAAAUCUGAAGAAAAAGAUGAGCAGGAAGGGGCAAGUACAAGCGGCAGGUUAUCAGGACCUACAACUCCCCAGCUGGAACAAGCAGGAAGGUUUCAGCCUUAUGCAGAAUUACAGGAAACAACAAACUGCUCGAGUGCUAAUGAAUUGCUAAGCCGUAGGAAGUGCAGUAAUUCAGUCUCAAAGUCCGUCGACAAUACAUGCGAUAAUUCCAUUUGUGUCGCUGCUGCCUUGCCUUCUAAAGCUGAAGACAUUGACGUUGCUGCUGAAGAAGAUGUCAACUCUGCGGAUGGAUCAAAAACGGACGAGUGGAGCGGCGUCAAAGAAGGCUCUGUACCUUGUAAUUCUUCCCGUUUACAUUGCUUAGAUAAGGGGGAGUUAAAUGCGGAUGGGCAAGUGAAGAAACAAUUGCUUCUUAAUUCUUCAUCCUUAAAUGGUGGCAGAAAUAACAGGAAGAAAACAAAGGUCGAUUGGACUCCAGAACUACACAGAAGAUUUGUGCAGGCAGUAGAACAGCUGGGAGUAGAGCAGGCUAUUCCUUCAAAGAUUUUACAGCUAAUGAAGGUGGACGGCUUAACGAGGCACAAUGUAGCAAGUCACUUGCAGAAGUAUCGAAUGCAAAAAAGACACAUAUUGCCGAAAGAUGAAGACCGGAAUCAUAAUCACGAUCAAAAGGGUUCCAUGCCGAGGCCGAUCAUGGCCUACCCUACAUUGCAUCCACACUCAACUCAGAUGUAUCCGGCCGUUUGGGGUCAUCCAAGCUACCAUGGAUAUCAAGUUUGGGGCACUCAUCCAAGAGGCUACACAACGUGGCAGCCACCUACUCAAACUUGGCCCUGGAAAUCAUAUCCUCUGGUUCACGCUGACGCAUGGGGUUGUCCUGUUAAUGUAACACAGUACGAGCAGUAUCCCGUUGCUUCACCAGUGAGCUCCCAUCGACCUCUCUUUAAUCUAACAAGAACAAUCCUCGGAUUAUUCUCAAGUAGUACUGAAACUGAACUGCAGAGGUCCGUGAUGGGUAGUGAUUUCCAAGUGGGCGGAGGGAGGAACGAGAUGCUUGGAGAUGCUUGUGACCUCGAUCAGCAGAUGGAGGAGGUGAUCGACCGUGCCUUGAAAGAGGCAAUCUGCAAGCCGUGGCUGCCCCUCCCCCUGGGUCUCAAGCCGCCAUCCACAGAAGCCGUGCUGGCGGAGCUCCACUCUAAGGAGAUCACCGGAACGCCGUCGGCUGACUGCCGACGGUGAGGGUACCUCAGGGACGAACAGAGUGGGAGAGCGGCUGUGGCUGUGGCUGUGGCUGUGGCACAAUCUACGUGGCCGGAUUUAACGUCUCACGCGAGCAGGUGCGGUUGUGGUUGUAAAUGAAAGGCUGCAGUGGUUGCUGGGCCAUCGUUACGUUUGAUUUUGAUGAGAUUAGUGGUGGAGCUGUCUUUUUGUUUA